AUGCAAUUGAUGAAGGUUGACGUGUGGUGUGUCGGUUUAAUACUCAUGAAAUUAUUGAAAUUGUCAACCAAUUUUAUUCCUAUUGAUGAGGAUGAAAGAUUAUGGUUGAAAAUCAUUAGAGAAAAGCUGACACCUCUACAAGAUAAUUUUUUCAUUAUUAUUUUACAAGGAACUCUUCAACCUGAACCAUCUUUGAGAGUGAAUAGUUCUAUACUUUUUGAGGAUAUUUGUAGACAAUUAAAUGUUAUUGCAUUCUUGCACCCAGAGAGUGGAGAGAACGUUUCAAUUCCUGUUGGUAGAGAAGAUUUGAUAUUUUACAAUGUAAUCAAUAAUAGAGAAUUGAGAAUGUUUUUGGGAGAGGGUGAUAUAUUUGAUUUAAUGAUUUUAUAUUCAAUGCUUUUCAAAGUUUUCAAUGCAGCUGAAAAUCCAGAAAUAGACGCAGAACAAUUGGCAUCAAGUUUUGAACCUGAUAUUAUUCGAUUAAUAGACAUACACUUGAAAAAUGGAGGGUAUUUGGUAUAUUUCCUUAGUGGUCAAAUUCAAGUUGUCAAUUCUGGAUUCACAGCAAAGGUAUUAGCAUAUCUCAAGAGAGUUACACAAUUAAAGCCUUGUGAAAGGAGACCAAGAAUACUAUUGAGUUCCUACAAGGCAAUGAGUAAGCAAUAUUCUGAAGCAAUAUUAGAUAUCAAUUCUAUUAUUCGUGAUGGAUUGGAUGAAGAUACUGUAUAUAUCAAUAGAGGACAGUGUAGGUAUAAGACUCGAGAAUUUGCAAAUGCACUUGAAGAUUUUAAUUUUGCAUUGGAUAAUUACAAUUUAAGAAUUCACAAAAAUUAUUUUAAUAUUUUAUUGGGGAAGGGGAAGACACUCGCUCACUUGAAAAGAUUUGGAGAAGCUUUGGAUAUUUACGAUACUGUACUGAAGGAAUCUGAAAGAGAAUUUGACAAAUCAAGAUGCCACUAUUUGAAAGGAAAAACUUAUAGAGCUAUUGGUAGUUAUGAGCAAGCUUUGGAGGAAUUCUUGAUGGUUAAGAUACCUCAAAACAAAAUUGAUUUACUACUAGCUCAAUGUUAUCAAAAAUUGAAAAGAUAUGACCAAGCUCUUUCAUCAAUCAAUAAUCAUCUUCAGAAAAUUCCCACUUGCAAAUUUAGUAAUGAAAUAAGAAGUAAUAUUCUACUUGAAAUGGGUAAUAUAGUGGAGGCUUCCAAUAAUAUUCAACAAAUGGAUAAGAAUGCCAACAGAGAAACCGUUGUAGGAAAGUUUAUUGAAAAGGAUGAGCAACCAAAUGCCAAGCAUUUGAUGAAAUUAUUGAAGAUGAAACAUACAGUGUAG